GCCUGAACCUGCAGUCGGUCACAGAGUUAACUUUACAUCUUUACAAAUACGUAGCUGAAGGACGCCAUUUGGUUCAAUAUAUUCUUGAGCGCAUGCUUGCAUUGUGCAAUGGACUUUCUCGCACGAAAAAUAUUCUCAGACUUUAGCUAAAUAUAGUUGGAACGAAGUUGUUCAGAAUCAUUUGCCUGGUUUCUACUCGGAAACAUUUAUGUACGUAUUAGUUCCGGAGGAAGAUGUCAUAUCAUACAUGCUGCUGAGUUGAAUCGAGAAAAUUUUAUAGUUCACUAAAUUGGGAGAAUGGGGAUCCUCGAAAAGAUAUCGGAAAUCGAGAAAGAAAUCUCGCGCACUCAGAAAAACAAAGCAACUGAGUACCAUCUUGGUUUGCUGAAGGCUAAACUAGCCAAGUACAGAGCUCAGCUGUUAGAACCCUCCAAAUCAGCGGGGGCCAAAGGGGAGGGGUUUGAUGUGAUGAAAUCUGGUGACGCUCGGGUGGCCCUGAUCGGUUUCCCCUCUGUGGGCAAGUCCACAUUUCUAAGUUUGAUGACUGCGACGGAGAGCGAGGCAGCCUCUUACGAAUUCACUACAUUGACAUGCAUCCCAGGAGUUAUUGAGUACAAAGGGGCCAAUAUUCAGCUCUUGGAUUUGCCUGGAAUCAUCGAGGGUGCUGCCCAAGGAAAGGGCAGAGGAAGGCAGGUGAUUGCCGUUGCCAGGACGGCGGACGUUGUCAUCAUGAUGCUGGACGCUACGAAGGGCGAUGUGCAGAGGGUGCUAUUGGAAAAAGAACUGGAAUCCGUUGGAAUCAGACUCAACAGAUCCAAACCGAACAUUUAUUUUAAGCCAAAGAAAGGAGGAGGUCUGUCCUACAAUUCAACUGUCCCUCUUACCCAAUGCUCUGAAAAACUAGUACAGCUCAUUCUUCACGAAUACAAAAUCUUCAAUGCUGAGGUUUUGUUUAGGGAAGACAGCACGCCGGAUGAGUUCAUUGAUGUCAUCGUGGGGAACAGAGUCUACAUGCCUUGCUUAUAUGUGUACAACAAAGUAGACCAGAUCUCCAUGGAGGAAGUCGACCGGUUGGCUCGGAGACCUCACAGUGUCGUCAUCAGCUGUGGGAUGAAGCUGAACCUGGACUACCUUCUGGAGACACUGUGGGAGUACCUGGCUCUCAUCUGCCUUUACACCAAGAAGCGAGGAGAGCGGCCAGAUUUUAAUGACGCCAUCAUCAUGAGGAGAGGAGCGUCUGUAGAACAUGCGUGUCAUCGAAUUCACAGAACAUUAGCAAGCCAGUUCAAGUAUGCACUGGUGUGGGGAACGAGCACCAAGUACAGUCCUCAGAGGGUUGGACUCACCCACAUCAUGGAGCAUGAGGACGUGAUCCAGAUUGUGAAGAAAUAAGAGCGUGUGAUUGGUGCAAAUGUCAGGCCAUGUGCCCCUCGUCUGCGUGGGUGGACUGCACAGGAAAAGCAUCCAUUUCUUAUGAGUGUCCAAAAAAAAAAAAAGUCUGAUUCUUACUUUCUCAGUGCCAGAAAAAUGACUUUGGAACGAAAGUAGGCAGAAAUGGCAGAAAUCGACACGUUUUAUCCACUGCAGCUUUGCAUGAAAUUCAUUUAAAGUGAAAAAUAAAAUUAAAAAAGUUACAAAAAUUGA